AGCCGCCGCACCUCGGAGUUGAGGACACCCGUGCGACCUCCGCGGAAAGAUGAACGGGACGCCGAACUGGUGUACCUUGGUGGACGUGCACCCGGAGGGCCAGACCGCGGGCAGCGUGGACAUUCUCAGGCUGACCCUCCAGAGUGAGCUGACAGGAGAUGAGCUUGAGCACAUAGCCCAGAAGGCUGGCAGGAAGACUUAUGCCAUGGUGUCUGAUCGCUCCUCUGGUCAUUCUCUGGCUUCAGAACUGGUGGAGUCCCAUGAUGGGCACGAAGAGAUCAUUAAGGUGUACUUGAAAGGGAGGUCUGGAGACAAGAGGAUCCAUGAGAAGAACAUCAACCAGCUGAAGAGUGAGGUCCAGUACAUCCAGGAGGCCAGGAACUGCCUGCAGAAGCUCCGGGAGGAUAUAAGUAGCAAGCUCGACAGGAAUCCAGGAGACCCUCUGCAGCGGCAGGAGAUACAGGUGGUACUAGAGAAGCCAAAUGGCUUUAGUCAGGGUCCCAUGACUUUCUACAGCAGCCCACCUGAGGCUGACAACUACAUGAGUGAAGAUGUUGAGAGCUUGAAGAAGAGGGUGCAGGAAUUGCUUGCCAAGCUCCAGGAGGCUGAGCGGCGACACCAGUCAGACCGUGUGGCUUUUGAGGUUACACUCAACCAGUAUCAACGAGAAGCAGAACAGAGUAAUGUGGCCCUUCAGAGAGAGGAGGACAGAGUGGAGCAGAAGUCGGCAGAAGUCGGGGAGCUACAGAGGCGCUUGCUGGGGAUGGAGACGGAGCAUCAAGACUUACUGUUGAAAGUCAGGGAAGGGGAGAUGGCCCUAGAGGAGCUUCGGAUCAAGAACGCUGACUGCCAAGCAGAAAGAGAAAAGGCUGCUGCUCUGGAAAAGGAAGUGGCUGGGUUUCGGGAGAAGAUCCACCACUUGGAUGACAUGCUGAAGAGCCAGCAGCGGAAAGUCCGGCAGAUGAUAGAGCAGCUCCAGAAUUCAAAAUCUGUGAUCCAGUCCAAGGAUGCCACCAUUCAAGAGCUCAAGGAGAAAAUUGCCUAUCUGGAGGCUGAGAACCUGGAGAUGCAUGACCGCAUGGAGCAUCUGAUAGAGAAGCAGGUCAGUCAUGGAAACUUCAGCACGCAGACCCGAGCCAAGACAGAGAACCUGGGCAGUGUCAGGAUAUCCAAGCCCCCCAGCCCGAAGCCCAUGCCUCUCAUCCGAGUGGUGGAAACCUGAGCUGCGGGAGAUGGAUGGUGCCGUUGCUGUCGCUCAGACCUGCAGAGAAGCCCACCACCCCUGCAGGCUCUUGAUACUGACUCUGACUUCCCGCCGCACCCUGGUGGCCCCAGGUCUUGGGCUCAUGCCCCAGGCUCUUAUCCUCUGCUUGCUGGCAGAUGGAGCAGAAGCGUCUGUCUCCUCGGGACACUGCAGGCCUAGGGAAGACAUUCUCCUGCCAGCAGGAACAGGACGAUAUCCUUAUUCCCAGUUACUGUUUUUCUGUGUAACAAGAGCUUCCCUGCUGUGUCCACUGGAGUCUAGCUGCCUCAAAGCCAGGCCCUCAUCAAGUCCAGAGAAGUGACAAAAUUUGUCUCGGCCCCCAAAAGCUGGAAGGACGGUGAUUGGAGUGCGUCCUGAGGGAAUGGAGUUCCUUCUGCAAACACAGCUCAGUUCUUAGCAACAAACUGUUUGUUUUUCCGCUUGGCUCCACCCUUCUGCCAUGCUGUCCAGGGCCUCCCACAGACAGCCAGUGGGGGCUUGCUGGCCAGGCCUGGUCUUCACCAGGGAACCUAAACUAGAUAGCCUUGCCUUUCUGGAGACAAAGGAAUGUACAUUCAGGGAGCAGGUUUUAGCAGGAAGCAGUUUUUAGCAGGAAGAUUCUCUAGGGCCUCGAAUAGUUCAUGGGACUUCUCUGGCGCUGUGGAAGCUCCCCAUCUUCGGGUUUUCCCCUGUGGUGUCCUGGAAGGCACACCUCAGUCUUCCUGACCCACAGCUAAGAACUGUUUCCUCAUCAGUCCCAGCAAAACCAUCACUGUAUUUAUUUUGCUAAGUUAUUGCUGGUUUUGUUUAUAUCUCAUAGGUGAUUUAGUACCAGUGUCCUGCAGUCUUCUGCUGAGGUGUUCGGGCUUACCUGGAUGUGGGGGAGUAUUCUGGUUGGCUCCCCAGGCCUUCCCUCUAGCUACUGCUUUUUAUCUCUUCCUCCCGAGUCAGUCCAUAACUCAGGAGGCUAGCGUCUGUCCCCAAGUGUGUGCUGUCUGGAGAAAAGGGCAGUCAGGACUGUUUUGGGGCAGGGGUGGGUUUUACUAACCUCUGCGAACCCACCCUUCCACCCCAUAACAAUCUCUACCAGCCCCGAAUGACCCUGCAGCUCCAAGUGUCUCCUACAGUGUGCUCUAGCAGCCUCAGGAGUAUUCAAGCACCUGAAUGUGGGACCCCAGGAACAGCUUUAGUCUUAAAUCUACUUAGCUCACAACCAGAAGCCUCAAGUCUUUGUGUUUCUGUGUGUCAGGACUAGGCCCAGGGCCUGGCUUUGUCCGUACAGUAUCCUGAGACUUCAGUCUCUACAGAAUGAGGGCGUUGAACAUGAUCCCUGUGCCCCUUCACAUUUUAUUCCUGUCUGUGACACAGUUGUAUAGUAACUUUAAUAAAUUAUGCUAUUAUGUC